UGAUGAAAAAGAUGAAGCAACUUCACGAGUUCCUGUACAUAUCUCUCAAAAUCUCAUGCAAAAACAUAAUUCCCCCGGACACAAGCCUCUUAUGAAUUAUAAUUCCAUUGGCUUCUGCUAAAACAGUCCAGGCGGUCGCAGAAAAGGCACCGUGUCGUUAGUUCCAGUCCGAGGGACAUUCCUCUGCCUUGAUUUUCCCAUAGAAAAGAGUUUCUAUGUUAUCCAGGGGAAGGGGGGGUGAGAUGGUGAGAGACGCAGCUCGAGACGUCCAUACGUGCCUUAUCUUAGUGGCAGUGACGUGAUAUUGCAGCUCCAGUCCUGAGGCUCGGCGAGAAAGCGCUUUCCAUCUCACUCCACAGCGAGUCAGCAGCAUCCUCCAUCCGUCAGGGAUUGCGCUCUACCUGCUACCCGACCUGGGCAUCUCUUGAGGGACGGGCAGACAACGACUAAUGAUCAGUCGAGAUUCACAACAUUUUUAGCCCUCGUUCUAGUGUCUGCUCACUUCAGUUGCGCUCUCAUCACUUGGUUGCGUUGAGGUGGGAAGAAAAAAAAAAGGAGCGAGAUGAUGAUCCAGCCUGGAGUCUAAUGCAUUUUUGCUCACAGACCAUCUUGUUGCUCUAGACUUCUAUCAUCGGCAAUGGGAGAUAUCGAUUCGCAGGGGAGCGACACGUUUCAUUUCUAAAAGGAUGUUUCCAAGUAUGUGGGGAAAAUAGCCAUAGCUUUCAGAGUGCAAGGCCAAAUGACAUAGGAUGAAGGCUGUUCGUAAUCUGUUGAUUUAUAUAUUUUCCACCUAUCUCCUGGUUAUGUUUGGAUAUACUGGUGCCCAAGAUUUUUGGUGUUCCACGCUGGUAAAAGGAGUUAUCUAUGGAUCUUACUCGAUAAAUGAAAUGUUUCCCAAGAACUUCACAAACUGCACUUGGACGUUGGAGAACCCAGAUCCUACCAAAUACAGCAUCUACCUAAAACUUUACAAACGAGAAAUUAGCUGUUCUGAAUUCUCUCUGCUGGCUUACCAGUUCGAUCACUUCUCUCACGAGAAGAUCAACGAGCUGUUGAGGAUCAACGAGUCCAUCGUGCACCUGUGUGAUGACGCCAAGAAUAUUUAUGUGUUUUUGCAUUACGACAAAAAUUUCGUGCAGCUCCGGCGAGUGUUUCCCUACGACUAUAACGGAUUGAUGACAAAGAAGACAGAGGAGGAGGAAAGGUCUGUGGUGGAGUUUGUGGUUUUAAACAAGGCGAGCCCGAGUCAGUUUGGAUGUCAGGUGUUAUGCACGUGGUUGGAAAACUGCUUGAAAGGAGAGAAAGCUGAAUCGUGUGGAAUAGUCUACGCUAAAUGCACCUGCCCUCAACAUUUAGGCGAUGGGGAAUCUGAAAGCGUGCUGAUGCUCAGUAACGUGCUGUUGCCUUUAAAUCCCCAAACCGAAGGAUGCCUGACUCCUCAGGUGCGCUCGGCGCAGGUGUGCAAUCUGAGCGCGGAGGUGCGGCGCCCAUCCAAGGAGGAAUAUGGAAUGAUCGGAGAACAUACUGUAAAAAGUCAGCGGCCAAGAUCAGUACAUGACACAAAGGGCCUACAGGAGCGAGAUGAAUCUGCUAAAUUUAUGGCACAAACUGGUGACCCUGGUGCUGAGGAGUGGUCCCAGUGGAGCUCUUGCUCAGUUACAUGCGGUCAAGGGUCGCAGGUGCGAACAAGAACAUGUGUCUCACCUUACGGAUCACACUGCAGCGGCCCUUUAAGAGAAUCCAGGGUGUGCAAUAACACUGCCCCCUGCCCAGUGCACGGUGUGUGGGAAGAGUGGUCUCCGUGGAGCCUCUGCUCUUUCACCUGUGGGAGGGGUCAUCGCACCCGCACUCGGAUGUGCACUCCACCCCAGCACGGAGGAAGAGCGUGUGAGGGACCCGAGACCCAGAGCAAACUCUGCAACAUUGCCCUCUGUCCAGUGGACGGGCAGUGGCAGGAGUGGAGUGCGUGGAGCGAUUGCUCGGUGACCUGUGCCAACGGAACUCAACAGCGGAAGAGGCAGUGCUCAGCGGCUGCUCAUGGGGGAUCUGAGUGCAGAGGACAUUGGGCGGAGAGCAGAGAAUGCUCCAACCCUGAAUGCACAGCAAACGGACAGUGGAACGCUUGGGCUCCGUGGAGUGGGUGUUCUAAGUCCUGUGACGGUGGUUGGCAGCGGAGGGUACGUGUUUGCCAGGGGUUGGCGGUCACGGGGCAGCCAUGCGAAGGCAGCGGGGAGGAGGUCCGCAGAUGCAGCGAGCAGCGUUGCCCAGCUCCUUAUGAAAUAUGCCCGGAGGAUUAUGCUGUGUCCAUGCUGUGGAGAAGAACUCCCUCUGGGGAACUGGCCUUCAACAGGUGUCCUCCCAACGCCACGGGCACCACUAGUCGACGCUGCUCACUGGAUCACCGCGGGGUGGCCUAUUGGGAGCAGCCCAGCUACGCUCGAUGCAUUGCAAAUGAAUACAGAUACUUGCAGCAAUCAGUCCAGGGGCACCUUGCUAAAGGUCAGAGGAAUCUGGCAGGAGAUGGCAUGUCCCAGGUUACGAAGGUCCUCCUGGACCUCACCCAAAGACGCAAUUUCUAUGCAGGUGACCUUCUCUCUUCAGUGGAGAUUCUUCGAAACGUCACAGACACCUUCAAAAGGGCCAGUUAUGAACCCUCUUCUGAUGACGUUCAGAAUUUUUUUCAGAUCAUCAGCAAUCUCCUGGAAGAGGAGAACAGAGAAAAGUGGGAAGACGCACAACAGAUUUACCCAGGGUCUGUGGAGCUCAUGCAGGUCAUUGAAGAGUUCAUCCACAUCGUCGGGCUGGGAAUGAAAGACUUCCACAAUGCCUACCUGAUGACAGGAAACCUGGUUGCAAGCAUACAGAGGCUGCCUGCGGUAUCUGUGAUGACAGACAUUAACUUUCCCAUGAAGGGACGGAAAGGGAUGGUGGACUGGGCCAGAAACUCAGAAGACAAAGUUGUCAUUCCUAAAGGAAUCUUUGUGCCCCAGACAGCAGAUAUGGAUGGAUCUCCUGUGUUCAUUCUUGGAACGGUUCUCUACAAGACUCUUGGUCUGAUGCUGCCUGCUCCUCGGAAUAACACUGCUGUGAACUCGAAAGUGAUUGCUGUGACUGUCCGACCAGAACCCAGGGUUACAGAAGCCCAGCUGGAGAUUGAGUUAGCUCAUCUAGCUAAUGGAACAAUGAAUCCGUUCUGUGCACUGUGGGACAGCUCUAUUAUGCUCACUGAAGCUCUUGCGUGCCAUUCACAGGCUAUGGAGUACUCAGGGGUUCCAUCUGUGACACUAAUAGUAGGCUGUGGUCUUUCCUGCCUGGCCUUGAUCACUCUGUCAGUGGUGUAUGCUGUUCUAUGGAGGUACAUCAGGUCGGAGAGAUCAAUCAUUCUGAUCAAUUUCUGCCUUUCAAUCAUCUGCUCCAACAUCCUGAUCCUAGUUGGACAGACACAGACACAUAAUGCGGGCAUAUGCACGAUGACAACUGCAUUACUGCACUUCUUUUUCCUGGCGUCCUUCUGCUGGGUCUUGACAGAAGCUUGGCAGUCCUAUAUGGCCGUGACGGGGAAAGUUCGGACCAGGCUCAUCCGGAAACGCUUCCUCUGUCUGGGAUGGGGAUUACCUGCUUUGGUGGUCGCCAUCUCAAUGGGAUUCACAAAAGCAAAAGGAUACGGGACACCUCAGUACUGUUGGCUAUCUCUGGAAGGUGGUCUUCUCUAUGCAUUUGUGGGACCUGCCGCUGCUGUUGUGCUGGUUAACAUGGUGAUUGGUAUUCUAGUGUUUAAUAAACUGGUUUCGAGAGAUGGGAUCCUGGAUAAGAAACUAAAACACAGAGCAGGGCAGAUGAGCGAGCCCCAUACAGGAUUAACUUUAAAAUGUGCCAAAUGUGGCGUCGUCUCAACUACUGCUUUAUCAGCAACAACGGCCAGCAACGCCAUGGCCUCCCUGUGGAGUUCCUGUGUUGUCCUUCCUCUAUUAGCUCUCACCUGGAUGUCUGCGGUGCUGGCCAUGACGGACAAACGCUCAAUUUUAUUCCAGAUCCUCUUCGCAGUCUUUGACUCCCUGCAAGGCUUUGUUAUAGUCAUGGUCCACUGUAUUCUCAGAAAAGAGGUUCAGGAUGCCUUCAGAUGUCGCCUGAGAAACUGUCAAGACCCCAUCAGUGCAGACGCGACUGGUACAUUUCCCAACGGGCAUGCACAGAUCAUGACGGAUUUUGAGAAAGACGUGGACAUCGCAUGUCGAUCAGGUAAGAAACAGAUGGACAAGGCAAUGCCAAACAAGAACCCCUGGGAGAGCUUCAACCCGGCAAGUGAAUAUCAGAACUACGCCACAAUGAAUGUACUAGAAUCAGACACAAAGAACUCUCUGGAGAUGACUAACGCUGAGUGGGAAAGGUGUAUCAGCCUCCCUUUGGACGUCCAGGAGGGAGACUUUCAGACAGAAGUCUGAGAAUUAAUGAAGCGUUAGAGGGGACGCGGAUGAAGGUGGACAUAUUUUGCACUGAACAAAAAUGCAGAAGACUUCUCAUGCAGCCUUGGAAAGACAUAUAUGGAUUCUUGGAGUCUAGCAGGGACAAUAUGUGCCAAUAAGAUUUUAAAACAAGGACGGACGGACAGAUAAAAAGCCGUUAGAAAAAGACAAAAAAACAUCUGUGUUAUCUUUUUUUUUUUUGUAUUCUCACUCGUGUAUUUAGUGGGGGGCAGACAUGUACAAUAUCGAACAUCAUGUGUUUCAAAAGUAACCAGUUGGAAAAUAAUCGGUUCCAAAAGCGUUAUCUUUCCAGAUGAGACCUCGAGGAAAAAAACGACACGUGACAUGACGUCCACCCACGAGCGGCGGCUGGGUUCGGUUUUUUGUUCGGCGGCAGACGAGCCCGGGAACACAAUGUAUAUACUUGCGCAGGUUUUUAAAAAGUUUAUAACAAGUCCGUUUGGCCAUUACUACACUUUUUACUUUAUAAUAUGAAAAGACAAAACUAUUCAGAGGCAAAGAGGAUUUUUUUCUGUCAUUUAAAAAUGAAUGUUUGUCAAGCUACAUUCUUCAUUGCUUUAAAUGCAAUAAAGGUAAUACUCACUUUUUUAUGAAUAAUAUAUUUCAAAACUUUAAUACUGCAGAAUCUGCCUGGAAGCUCAGUAAAGCUCUCUCAUCUGCAGCCCUGUAUAAAAUAUUUAAAAAUCAAAAAUGUUGUAUGGUGUAAAUAAAACUUUUGUCUACAUAUGUUUUACUUGUGCCAAGUUUAUUUUAAUGAGAAAAGAGAAAAUGCCAACUUGAUGAGAGAGUUAUAGCGAAAAAUGUUAACAUUUGAAAAAGGAAUGUAAAUAA